CGGGAUGUGUACUAAAAUUCCGUAAAUCCGCAAAAAACCUCAGUGAAAAGUGACGAAUUUAUUCAGUGGAUGGCUGGAUUGAAAAAUAUUUGUUUACCGCUAUUGUGUUGUGCUGUUCAGGGUGACAAGAGUGUGUCCACAAUGCCCAAGCAUAAACCUUUGUGAGACGUCGUGCCAUCAGGCGUACAGUUCUGUGAGUGGUGAAACGAUGCAGAGUCUGUUCGAGUGUCCCAAUGGUGACUUGCCGCGCGGGGGCGCCAUCCUGGACGGGGCCUUCGACAAGCAUCGCCUGGCCGCCCUGGCCUUCCUCUCCGCCAUCUCGCUGGACGGCGGCCAGGAGGAGCCAGAGGCGGUCGAGGAGCCAGCCUGCCAGAUCACCACCGUCGCCUCCAUCGAGGCCUCCCAGCCGGACGAGGACACGGACGAGGGCGACGGCAGCACCUUCGCGGACGACGUCCGCGUGGACACGGGGCGCCGCGUGGCCGCCCGGUCGCGCGGCGAGGACCGGCUGUCCGAGAGCUCGGACUCGGUCGUCUACUCAAUGGGCAAGGGCGUCCCGGCCAACACUCCUCUCCGGGAGCGACUCUCGAGUCAGCCAAAUGAGAUCUUGGCGAGAGCACGCCUGGGAUCAUCAUCAAUUCGCACGAGUUGCGUGAGCAAGAGAGCUCUGAUGAUGCUGACCGACGAGAGGAAAUCCGAUAUUCACAACAGCAGUUCUGAGAGUUUGUCUUUGGGGCGCUCGAAGAAUGUCCAGAUAUCCGAUCCGAAGGAGAUUCGCUUCAUUGGCUCGGCCAAAUUGCAUCACUUCAAGGACGAUCGCGUCCUUGUGGCGUCCAGGAAAGUGCCCUUUCUCGUCUUCUCCGCGCUGCCGUACUGCAAAGGUCGCGACGCGCGCAAGGACUUCGGCACGCGGCGCAGGAACACUUCUGGGCCUCGUCCGCUGUCGGCCAUCAACGAUGCACCGUUCGAUGCCUUCGAUUUGCUGGGCAUCGAGAAGGUGGACGGCAGCAUUGAGGUGUCCUACGGGCAUCUGCUGGUGCCGUCGAAGCUCGGCUACAAGGAGAAGAAGCAUCUGAGUGCGUACGGAGCAAUUCCGGAGGCCAAUUUCGAGAUAACAUCCGCAAAUGCUAUGAAGAUUCACGCCAUGGCCAGGACGAAAAUAAUCACCUGGCAGAAGGGUAGCAAAUGGUGUUUCGCAUAUGAUAAUCACUCUGCGCCCAAGCCAGGCGCCUCGAGUCCCAUCCAGCUGUGCGAAGCGAAGAGUGCCACUCUGGACUUGGAUGACAGUCUGGAGGGUCGCCAGAUGAAUCUGCAGUACUCGGCCAAUUUGCUGGAUGAUCCAGAGCUGAUUGCCGGCAAGCAUCGCACUCUUCUCACCUUCACGUCCUACAUGACGUCCGUGAUUGACUACGUGCGUCCGUCGGACCUGAAGAAGGAGCUGAACGACAAGUUCCGCGAGAAGUUCCCACAAGUGCAGCUGACGCUCAGCAAGUUGCGUAGUCUGAAGCGCGAUAUGCGGCGCAUUAACAAGAUGGACUCGCGCGUGGAUCUGCUGACCAUCUCGCAGGCUUAUGUGUACUUCGAGAAGCUGAUUCUGGCCAAUCUCAUCAAUAAGGCCAACAGGAAGCUGUGCGCCGGCGCUUGCCUGCUGCUCAGUGCCAAGCUCAAUGACGUCAAGGGCGACGCACUGAAGAGCCUGAUUGAGAAGACGGAGGGCGUGUUCAGGCUGAACCGCAAGGAGUUGAUCGCUUCGGAGUUUGCCGUUCUGGUGGCACUUGAAUUUAGUCUGCAUGUCCCGAUUAGUGAGAUAUUUCCGCACUAUCAGAGACUGGUUUAUGAGUCCUAA